CUGUGUCAUGGCGGCCUGAGGUCCCGGGAGUCGGUGCGGGCGUUGCAAGCCCCUCCCUGCGGAGCGGCGGGUCCGGCGGGGAUGUGACGGCGGGCGCCGCGGGCCUGCCUGGCGCGUCGUGUCGGCUCGCGUGUCCUCGCCCCAGCCCGCACCAUGGCGGGGUCCGGCUGCGCGUGGGGCGCCGAGCCGCCGCGCUUCCUGGAGGCCUUCGGGCGGCUGUGGCAGGUACAGAGCCGCCUGGGCAGCGGCUCCUCGGCCUCGGUGUACCGGGUGCGCUGCUGCGGCACCCCGGGCUCGCCCCCCGGCGCCCUCAAGCAGUUCCUGCCUCCGGGAACCACGGGGGCUGCGGCCUCGGCCGCGGAGUAUGGUUUCCGCAAAGAGAGGGCGGCGCUGGAGCAGUUGCAGGGUCACAGGAACAUCGUGACUUUAUAUGGAGUCUUUACCAUCCACUUCUCUCCAAAUGUGCCAUCACGAUGUCUGUUGCUUGAACUCCUGGAUGUCAGUGUUUCGGAAUUGCUUUUAUAUUCCAGUCACCAGGGUUGCUCCAUGUGGAUGAUACAGCACUGUGCCAGAGAUGUUCUGGAGGCCCUUGCUUUUCUUCACCAUGAGGGCUAUGUCCACGCAGACCUCAAACCACGAAACAUCCUGUGGAGUGCGGAGAAUGAGUGCUUUAAGCUUAUUGACUUUGGACUCAGCUUCAAAGAAGGCAAUCAGGAUGUAAAGUAUAUUCAGACAGAUGGGUAUCGAGCCCCUGAAGCAGAACUGCAGAAUUGCUUGGCCCAGGCUGGCCUGCAGAGUGAUACAGAAUGUACCUCAGCUGUUGAUCUGUGGAGCCUCGGAAUCAUUUUACUGGAAAUGUUCUCAGGAAUGAAACUGAAACAUACAGUCAGAUCUCAGGAAUGGAAGGCAAACAGUUCUGCUAUUAUUGAUCAUAUAUUUGCCAGUAAAGCAGUGGUGAAUGCCGCAAUUCCAGCCUAUCACCUCAGAGACCUUAUCAAAAGCAUGCUUCAUGAUGACCCAAGCAGAAGGAUCCCUGCUGAGAUGGCAUUGUGCAGCCCGUUCUUUAGCAUUCCUUUUGCCCCUCACAUUGAAGAUCUGGUGAUGCUUCCGACUCCAGUGCUCAGACUCCUCAAUGUGUUGGACGAUGAUUAUCUUGAAAAUGAAGAUGAAUAUGAAGAUGUUGUAGAAGAUGUAAAAGAGGAGUGUCAGAAGUAUGGACCAGUGGUUUCUCUGCUUGUUCCAAAGGAGAAUCCUGGUAGAGGACAAGUCUUUGUUGAGUACGCAAACGCUGGCGAUUCCAAAGCUGCUCAGAAGUUGCUGACUGGGAGGAUGUUUGACGGGAAGUUUGUUGUGGCUACAUUCUACCCGCUGAGUGCCUACAAGAGGGGAUAUCUUUACCAAACCUUGCUUUAAUCAGUAACCUAAGGACUAUUUCCUGUUUCUCCUCUUCCAUUUCUUGGAUUAUUAUAUUCCACAGCUGAAUGCAGGAGCACCCCUUUGCCCAUUUUAAAGGGUACCUUGUACAUUUAUUUAAUCCUACUAAUGUGCAGCCAUUGCCCAAACAGUGACUGCAUUGCAAACAUGGCACUGAGUAGGACAAGACCUCUCAGCUAUACAUUGAGGGGGUAGAGCACCCAUGUGGGCACCCUUAAUUUGUGCAGUAGGGCAGGUGUUGCUCUUUACUAUGUAACCUAAAAAGAUGUCAUUUCAUGUGGUGAUAAAGCAAAGAUGAGUCAUUUGUCAUAGUGAAUAUUAUUAACAAAUUUGUUAGGGUUGGUGACAUCACAGAAUAUUGUGUGUAUUGUCAGGUGUAUCUCCUUGUUGUUCUAGCUGGCACUGGAUGCUCUAAUAAUGUUACGUCAUUGUCAGGCAGCAGUUACCUACCGUGUUCUUAACAAUGAGUUGUGAAUUUUUCUAAAGGAGUACUGUAGGACUUAAUAUUCCUCUGAAGAAACUGCAGUGAGCCUGUCAAUGUUUUUAAAGUUACUAUUAAGGCUUUUAAAAUAGAAAGCUGAUGCUUGGUCUUGCACAAUUUUUAUGUCUAGUGUGUAUGCUUGAGUGGGUGUGCAGGUGUGAAAGACUAGAGAAAUCUGAGUCAGUCGUGUGAGCUCAUACAGUCUAUAACCAUUUCUUCCUACCACUUUCAUGCUUGAGAGACGGGCUAUAGGUUUCUUGAAAGUUGGUCUGACAGAUAGAAUGUAAAUGACAAGAGAGUUCAUCACUGUAAAGUGCAGAACAAAGUGGAAUCUAGACCAGGGUUGCAUGCAGCUCUUCAGAGUGACUGGAACAAAGACAGUGUGGGUACAUGUAAGGUACCCCAUUCUCUGCUCUGCUUUCGACCCAAGAUUGGCUCAUCUCUUUUGUACUGAACCUCUUGUAAUAAUCAUAAAGUUUUCCCAGAUGUGAUUCUUUCUGCUGUAAUGGGAAAUUGAAGUAGAUCAAAAAAAAAAAAGUUAGAUGCACAGUGACAGGAAAGAGAAAAGUGCAGAGAAGGCAGCUAAUCACAGCCCUCCUCCCCGCUGUCUGCCUGCUCCUUCCCCUCCUUUCCCUUUGCCUCUGUCUGCAGCUGGAGGGCAGUGUGCUGAGAUAUCACCGGCUUUUGACUGUGAGGGAGUAAAGAAAAGCUGACGUGUUAUAACAUGGAAGUAGGAAGGAAGAAAACUCGAUUUCUAAAAGAACAGUAACAGUCUAGUGUGUCCUUGAUAGAGGAUGCCUGUUGUCAGGAGUUUGUUGGCACAAACUGACUGGCUUGAGGAAUAUGAUUCUUCCUACUCUGUAGUAGAUUGCCUUGAAAAGUGUAAACUUAGGAAACUUUUGUAAAGCACUGAUUAUACAAGAUAACCCACAAAUUGUACACUUGUUAUGAAGUUUUUCCUAUUUCCUUACCUGAAUGAAAGUUUUAGUUAUUUAUUUUUCCUUAGGAAAGAGUGUUUGUUUCUUUUCCUGCUGGCAGCCUGCUUAUAUAAUCUAUUGUCAAUGCUGUUCAAGUUCCUGGAAAGUCUGUUAAAACUUGUAUUUUAGAAGAUGAAUUAUUUUACCCUGUUUAGACAUUUACUGUCCAGCAUUUGUUAAUAUGAUCAAAUUAUUCAGAGCUCCCUUGUAUGAAGUUAAAUUUGGUAUAAGGGGACUUAAUGAUGAAUUAAUUACCUCUGUUCUUAUGUUGUGGUCCCCGAUGUGUGUUUUAGGAAGAAGGCUUUUUUCAGGGGUUCAUUGGGUGGUUGGUUUUCAAGUCAAACUUGGAAGAACAUAGAAUCAGGACUGUGAAGUCCUAGCCGAGCUUUCCUAAAACAAAUAUUUACAUGAGGAGUUGCUUCUGUGGUCAUUAGUAGUAGGUCUCUACGUCUCUACUGAUGGACACAAGAUACAAGUCAAGUCUUUUGAAGGGCAAGAAUGGUUAGCACAUGUUCCCAUAUCUCAUAAAAAAGAGAUCCUUGCAAAUAAACUGCAGGUAGGCUUCCAAGCCCUAUCGUGCAGUGUGCUGCUAACACUCCUGUGCCCCCAGCAUUCCGUGAACCUCAUUGCAGAUGUAGUUACGCACAUGUGUAGUGUCUAACACUGUAGACUUGUCACAGACAAUGCUAGCUAGAUUUUAAGGGAGCUGAGGAAGUAAAUGAGCCCAAGUAAUCACAUCAAGUUCAAUGAAUUAAAUAGUUUAUAUUGAAGCCACAGACUUGAAAACAAAAGAUAACCUACUAUGAUUUAAACCAUUGUGUGAUAGCUCUUAGCCCAUUUUACCAAAGAGGACAUCUGCAGAUUCCUCCUCCUCUGAUACUAUCAGGAAUUUCAUUUUAAUAUCUUUCUUAAACUAGGACCAAAUAAAUACUACAAAAGAUGCAAUUUUCACAAUAAAUAUAUGCACAGAAAUUUUAAUUCUUUGAAAUCAUUAAAAACCUAGAAUUCUCUUAUUAGGGGGUAAUGUAAAGAGGCGAGAAUUCAUGUUACUUAGUCCCUAUCUUUGGGGGCAAAUUUUAUCUCAGGUAGUUUUUCUCUCCCUAUAUUAAGAUUUGUGCUUCCUUCUCUCUUGCCUUCUUAGGUUCUUUAUUCUUCCAUGGUACUGCUAUAACAUGGCACAUUCUGUCCCUGAUAAGGCACAGAAAGUGAUUGCCUGCAGGGAAAUUUUGGGUUCUUUAGAAGUAUUUGGAGGAGGUGACUUGUAGCCAUUAUCAAAACUAUGACACUAGUUCAAAGAGAAUAAUAGAGUGGGACACCCCAGUAGGGUAUUGCCUGCAUUUUACCAUAACUGCAUUUAUUAUAACUGGAUACUCUUCUUCCUUUGUGACCAUGGGUACAGCAUCUCUCUUUGGGAACUCUUUCUUUCUGCUAUCCCUUGAGCUGGAUUUAUGGCUGCUUUUAGAAUCAAAUGACUAAGGUAGUUUUACGCAUCUGCCUCUGUUUUAACUGAGAGAAGUGUGGCCUUGUUAUGUAGCUGCUGAAGAAUUCUGAGAAAUGUUAAUCUGCCAACAACUGUACUGCCACCCAGAAAAAGAUGCAGAAGUAUUAGGGGCAUAAGGCUUCCUUCUGUCUUAGCACUCUAGACUCUCUCAGGUAAGGCAUCAGUUUACAGGAUAACUUAGAAGCAGGGUUAACAUCAUGCUGUUUCAUGGCUCUGUUGAAUGUAUUGAUUAGAAGCAGGUGGCUGACACUUUGGCAUCAUUCUUGGUAGUUCUCCCUUCAGUUUAUUAGGCAAUUUUCUUUUCAACAGUCACUGAAAAUGAGCAUCAUUGUGCCUACCCAGUGGGAAAUUUAACAGUGCAGUGGGUGAGAGACACACUGGUAACCAUGCACUUUACCUAGACUCUCACCCAAGGGGUACAGGCUGGGCUAUUUAUUCAGAUUAGGGUACAGAUCGUGACUUUGCAUCUGUUGUAUGCAUAGCUAGCUAAAGUUUUGGGCAAGUGCCUUGUGUUUCCUGUCAAAUAUUAAACCUCAUCUGGCCAAAAGCUCCAGGAGGUGACUGCACUGUUGCCUUUUUCUUGGAAUAAUUUGGAUUGAUUCAUAUUAGUCCAGAAUUUUUGUUUUUGUUUUUGUUUUUGUUUUUUGUUUUUCGAGACAGGGUUUCUCUGUGUAGCCUUGGCUGUCCUGGCACUCACUCUGUAGACCAGGCUGGCCUCGAACUCAGAAAUCCACCUGCCUCUGCCUCCCAAGUGCUGGGAUUAAAGGCGUGCGCCACCACCGCCGGCAGUCCAGAAUUUUCUUGGCUUACUUUUAAAAAAAAAUGUAUAAAACAAUUCCAGUUUGACUUAUUUCAGAAUUGCAUAUUGAUGGAAAGGCCAGUAGUCUAACACAUCUAAUUCUGGGAUCUAGUUUCAUUUAUCAGGUUCCUUCCUCAAAUCUUACUGAUCUAGCUCUCUAUUUCUUAUAAGUUGUGGUCACUUACACACAGGUCCUUGGUCACUGCUAGCUCAACAGAAUCCUGCUUUCUUGAGGUGCUCAGCAAGUGACCUUUCUUUGCCAUAGGGUUUGACACUCUUUUCACUUGGCAUUACCAGUCUCCUCAAGUACACUCUGCUCUUUCGAGUCUGUCAAGUGGAGCUCAUCUGGUAUGUUUAGAUUUUAGAUUUUUGGGGCGUUGGUGUUCAAGACAGGGGUUCUCUGUGUAGCCUCAUCUGUCUUGGAGCUAGAUUUUAGAUUCUUAAUCAUGGAGAAAUUUGGAUAUUUUAGUUUUUAGAGUGGCCCCAUUUUUUUUUUUUAAUGAAUUCUGAUCCUUUCUCUACCUUAUACCAUACGGUGGAUCAUGAUUUUUGUCCUUGCCACCUCCCCCAGAUGGUGUUCACCAAUGACUGAUGCUUCAUACCAUGACAAGCAGUUGGCAGGUACUAGGUAUUUAAGAAGGUAAACAAUUUAGAGUAUUUUUGCUAUGAUUUUUAUAGGAGAAAUGAGCUAUCAGAAGAAAUUUGUACAAGCCAGGGAGCAUUUAGGAUAGUUUUUGGAGACAGGGUUUUGCAGUGCAGCUUAGACAGGUCUCCAGCUCAGGAUCUUCCUGUCUCAGCCUACCAAGUGCUGCUGUGCACCGUCUUGCCCAGCUCUGUUAGGAAACUGUUUUAUAGAUGGUCAUUUAGGUGAUUUUUCAGGAUGUAAGACCAACACAAAAGUUUACACACAUUUUGCUGUCCUGAUAAAAUUUAUUCAUUUUCUAUAGCUCAGCACUUUCCCUGAUUCUUGUGCUGCUUAUGGAAAUGAUUGUUUUAAAUGUGCUGUCUUUGUGCCUUUCAGAGUCAUGAUCAUGGUAGUUGUGUUUAAUACUAGAGUUCAUGGGAAGCUCACUAACUGAUUGCCAGAGUAUUAGACGGGGUAGCAGCCGAGAUAAUAGGAAGAAAUAUUGCUGGCUCUUUUGAAGGCUGUAUGUGUUUUGUGAACUGAGUUCCUAGUGUUUUAGUGGAAAGGCAGACACACUUUUCCUUGCCUUACGAGGUCAUUCAUCCUGUUGUACAAAAGACAGCUGAUUCUGCUCUACUUCUCUGUUAAAGCAAAGCAAGUUACAUUCUUGGAAGAAGACUGGAAUUGUUUGUUUGUUGUUUGUUUGUUUCUUACUGAGAACCUUGUGUAAGCAGCACAACAGUUACUGCUACCUUCAGCUACUGAUGAUCCGUGAGCAGGUCUCUAGUCAUUCUUUAAGAUCCUUGGUUGGAAUCACUUCCUUUCUCUCUGUCAGCUCCUCUUACUAUUCAUGCUAUCAAGACAGCAUGCAGAAGCAGCAUGCACAUGUUGACUCACGCGCUUCAGUGACUUGAGUUACUUUCAGCUGUGUUACUCUACUAGGUGGGUCAUCAGAAGGCUGUCAGAGAUAAGAGCAAAGAAGGGAAAGCAGAGAGGAGAAAAAUGGCUCCCUUACUGGUGUCAGUAAUCUUCCACAUGGACAGAGGUCAUGGUUUAAGAAUCUAGACUUUUUACCUGUAGCUUAAAAACAUUGCCUUUCUUAUACAUUCCUCAUCCUCGUUUCCCCAAAAAAUUGUUGUCAGGGUUUAUGAGGCCAGAUUACAUACAUAUUCAUUUCUCCUGAUUUUUAAGAAGGAUUUGAAUGUCAGCCCUUGUGUAUUUGGUGUUCACUACUAUUCUUGGGAAUAAAGUCUCAGAGAGAAACUGGGGUCAACCACCUCUGUCCUCCUGUUGCACAUGGAGUGGCAGCAUCUGUGUGUACUAAUGCAGUUACAGCGCCUUGUGAAAAGGAGUGGGAGCAGUGUCUAUCCAAGAAAACCUUCAGUCUGCACUUCUGUGAACCGAGGAGUAUAAAGCUGUCACAUUUUUUAGCAUGAUUUACUUUUCAUUCUUAAUUCUUUUUGAAAAAUCUUAAAAUACUUUAACAUUCCUUAAGUAGUGUCAGAUCUAGAGUAGAAGGCUUUUGUUCUCCCAUCCUAAAAAGGGCUCCAUCUUUUUGAUCUUUUUUUCACUCUUAGAAAUUUAUGAUCAGUACAUUUUAAUAGUUUCUGAUCUCUAGACUAUGUCAGCACUGGAGUGGUUGGUUGUGAAUAUCAAAACCUACUACUGUUUUCCUUUGGGGACAUGCAAUUGCCGUUUGAGGCAUAGAAGGACUGGUUUAAGCAACAUGUGAAAGAUCACCUAAACCAAAGCCGAUUUUAAGGGGCAUUGAUUCCUGUUGGUUCCCCUUCACCUUGAUUGACAGGACAGGAGCAUUUCAGUGCACAGUGAGUGGCUGUCCAUCACGUCUCUACCUGGGGUUUCAGUAGCGUGUUGCAUUUCCUAAAUUUCCUGAUUCUAUGAUUCUGUUUUUUGUGGUGUUUUACUGCUUGUGUGUGAUUGAUUAUUGGGUUUUUUUUUAAAAUGUUGUUUGUUUGUUUGAACUAAGUGAGACUAUAAAUGUAGAUAGAUGUGUUUUAGUACCAAGAUGUUCUUUUUUCAAAUCCCUAAAAUUUCUGGUUUCAUUAUCAGUCUUUCAGAUGUCUAUUUUCUUGCUGAAUAGCAGAGGACUUUAUUUCCUAUAAAGUGUGAGCACUGUGUUUCAGCGAGCUGCAUUGCGUACUUUUGCUGAAAACUUCUCUGUAAACACAAUUGCCUUGUUGAGUUUUGUUGUAAACUGACUCGCCAUGCGAUGCACUGUUGAUAGCUUCCUAAUGUGUGGUGGAUAAGAGUGAUAUAAUAAAGCUUACAAAGAAGAAG